AUGCCUACUAAAGAGGAAAUUACCGCCAUCUUCGACCUGAUUGGCUCAGGCCAAAAGGACGCGUUCUUCGAGAAUGUCGAUGACAAUGUCGAUUGGACUGUGAAAGGCACAUACUGUCCCAUCGCAGGAAACUACAAGUCCAAGCAGGCCUUCCACGACGGCACACACGCUCUUUCAUCCACAUGGGCCACGCCGCUAAAGCUCGUCGUGCAAGAUAUCAUAACCGAUGGGAAGAACAAGGCAGCCGUGCAGCUCAAGGCCGAGGGCGUGGAAUGCAAGAAUGGAUUGAAGUUCCCGAACGAGUAUGUUUGGGUGUGUCAUUUCAACGACCGGAAUAAGAUUGUGAAAGUCGAUGCUUUUAUGGAUACGGACUUGGUUACUCGAGCGAUUCAACAAAAUCCUUCGUAA